UACGAGGCAGCGCGCGAUCGUGGUAUGCGAUACCUCGACGAGGGUGUGGUAUUGCGUCGCAUUGACACUGUGCUUCGCAGGAUUCUGCUUCUUGCGAAUGGUGCAUCUUUAUCGAGAAAUGCUCCUCGCAAGAAAAGUGGAGGCGUCGAGGACGAAGAUAAUUAAGAAGGGUAGGCUAAAGGCGUUCUUGUUGCCGUUUGUUUUCUUUUGCCUCUUCUGAGGGAGAAAGGCAGAACAAACGGGAAUCAUGGGCACCAAAAUCCUGCCUCUAAGAUAAUAUUGCGAAUGAUGCCAUAGGCAUGCGUCUUCCACCAGCCUCAAGGCUUUUUCCGCACUUUGGACGGAUGUUCUACCAUCAUCAUGGGCAGUACUUCAUGCUAUUUCCACCUGGAACACGGGCUGGAAACGAAGGAAACCCGCCGGUUCCCCAAUUUACGCAACAGCGAGGGCUCUCUCCGUUAUUGUUGAAGACCCUUCUGGCUGUAAUGGCUCACUACUCGAAACGCCGACGCCAACAAAACUUCCGACGAUGCCUGCUGUCGGGUAUUUUAGGCGUCUCCCCAGCAGAAGUUCUCCGCAAACAAGAAAAGGUUGAGCAGCAGCGACGGGAAGCGUAUGUAUGUUGCAAUUCAUUUUAGUUAAUGAGUUUUUCACUUGAGUAAAUUUAAGUUUAAGGACAAUCAAAAGUUAGCUUUUCAUACUCUUUGUGUGGACUUUGCUUUGUUCAGUCUUUUUGACUUAGACUUGAUUUGUAGUUAGAAGCCUUGAGCAGCGAGAUCGAAAAAUUGAAAUUGAAUGUUGGCUGACACAACUUCUAGUUCUACAUCGUCAACUUCGUUUCAUGAAUGGAGCAAUCUGGGAGACCGCGUAAGGACCGACUUUACGUACCACCCGGACAGUCGCAGUGGGAAGUGAAUUCCAGCGCUCCCGCGGAAGCUGUAACAUUUAAGGGCAGUAUGCAUGUACUAGAUGAAGCUCAUCACAACUCAGUUGUAACACUAUCUCCUGUAAGCGAGUCGGCAUGCUGAGCGGAUCUUCUCUGAUUAUUUUACGGGAAGUUUAAGGGGGAGACAGGGAUGAAUCCACUCAGCCUCACAGCAUAACGGAUAUAGAUGAUUUUUUACUUACUUCUGCCAGCCUGCACCUUUAAAACAUGGGCGGAGUUUGUGGAUACGCCAACAUGGGCACAAUUAAAGGCAAGACCGGACGAAACUGAGGUGGACAUGCGAGAAAAAAAAGAGCUGCUACGACAGGCGCGCUUUCUCACGUACGAAAGCUGCUCUAGCGAGAAUCCUUUUCUCGAAAACACGCUAGUUACGGCCUUAUUUAAUCCAUCUUUUAGCCCAUCUGUGCGCUGUUUUCAAGAAGAAAAACGGAGGCGGAUGAGGGAAAAAAAGGAUUGUAGUGAGUUCUAAGCUAGCCCGGGAAAGUAGAAUCCCAUCAAGUGGUGACACACUUAGAGCUACAAUGGAGCAAGAACACGAGGUGAAAAAUAUCAGUUAUCACGUGGAGAGAUGUUGUUUUCUUCUGGAUUCAUCCUCCUCGCCAGUUAAUAAAGAACGAGGUGAAGUAGACGUAGAAAAGAUGAAGCUUUACGAGAUGAAGGAAGAUCGCGAUCAUGUCGUUUAUUUUCAGGAGAAGGCAACUAUGUGGGCUUCGUUUCGUGGACGGUUCCCGCUCUUAAGAAGUCCACCAGGAAUGACGAGAGCAGACUUCUGGAAGCUGUUGCGUCGUACCUUUGAUCCCGUCUUCGUUCGACAAGCCUGUGAAGUUUUUCUUGACGAGGGCCAGAUGCAGAUCUACUUCAAGGACCACAUGGAGGACUCAACAGCUGACGCUUAUGGAUUGCAUUUUGUUCGUAACAACUCAUCGAUCAUCAUGAGGAUGAAAGCAGCAAUCUUUAUCUUGGACGGGUUUUUCAAGAAGUGAAAAAACGUGAGAAAAAUGAUGUGCCACACGAAGGUGGCGGAUUCUUGUUUAGCUCUUGCUUCUAAUCAGUAGACGAGAAGGGAUCGUGUAGUCCGGAUCUAGAUCAUGUGGACUCAAGUGCGGGCACAAGAACUGAUCACGGACAGGUAGUUGUACAAGUGGAGGACGGGGGCGGACAAUCACCACGAUUCCAUCUCGAAGAUGUAGAUAUAUUGCGGCGUCGUGCCGUGUAUGUCGCAGCUUACUUCAUACGGAUGGUUUGGGAUUGGAAAACCAUGUCCCAGAAGCAUGCGGAUGGCGGCGAAUUGCCAUGGGUUCUGCGUCCUGAGGUUGCUCCGCAUGAUGCCAUACUGCGCUUGUUCGAGGUAUUGAUACUUGGUGGAGAUUCCUUGGUGAAUGAUCGACUCUAUGAACUGAGCGCAAACAAAACGCAGCCAGCGCCACACGAGCUAGAGUCUCUGGCACAAAUACUUGCGGUGGAAGAUCAUCACGAAGCUGGUAAGGACAAGAAACAUCGUGUUGGAACUUCAUUGAUGGAAAUGACGCGCCUCGGUGUUCUGUCGGAGACUCCCCUCUUUGCUUUUUUGGAUAACGUUUUGCGUGCUGAUCGCGUCCAGAAUAUUAAAGUGCUCGCGCAUAACUUGACGCAGUCGCUGCACGCGAGAGUAAGCAUUAUGCUAGUUCAUCACGGUCACAAAGACUUUUAUAUAUAAGAUGAAUUCAUGAUGCCUGGGCCAGCUUCUUCUGCAGGUGCAAUGCGUUUGCGUCUAAGUCCCUAAUGAUUAAGGCUACCGCUGAAGCAUUCUCAGCACCAUCCCUGGCUUCUUUUUCAAGGGGAAAAAGGGCUCAGGGAUGGACUCAAGGAUGCGACGCGGUAGCUCUAAAAUGACCUUCUUCCUUGUAGCAAUGGCCUUCUUGUAGCGAAACGUCGCUCCGGAAAGUAGGAGUGCGAGGACGCAGCUGGUGACUUUCUUUGGGUAAAAAGAAUUUUAUGUCCCUGUCCUCCUCUAAGGCGUCGACGUUCCCACGGAUCCCGGUUUUUUACUUAAUAUCGGAACGAGACAUCAUCGCGGACCACGUACGAAAACUGCAUGCUGUGGACUGCCCAGAGGCAGUGGUGGAGGCACUUCAAAGAUAUCCUGUGGACUUUUUUGUGGAAAUAGGUGGAUACUUCGGGGACUGCGUUGUUGCGGCGGGGUAUCUGCGUUUGGCAAGGCGCGGGGCUUUCAAUAUAGACGGAAGCGACACUGCGAUCCGCGCGCAACAGCGUACGCAUGCGGCUUUGCGGGACGAAAAGAGAAUGCGCGACGUACAUUUGGGUUUUGACGAAGACAAGAUCCUAGAGCUGCGUACCAGGGAGGCCGAUCGAGAGGCAGCAAAACUACAGCACCAAGGCCUCCUCCACGUAAGUGGCGGCGUGGCUACAACAUCAGAAAACGGAAUUGUAAAAAUAGACGAGGGACGAGGAUCAGCACAACGUGGUGGACUGCGAAGCAAACAGAGAGAGCAAGACCAUCAACAUCUUAUCGACAUUGAGGCUGAAUAUCUAAGCAAAUGGCAGACAGUGGAAAGCGAAGCGUACAUUUUGCACUGUGCAUCGCACUUCGUGGCAGAUGAAGUAGGCUGGUUCCGUCGUGCCGAUAAAGCUGGUGUGACAGCAACUGGUCCGAAUGCCCUGACUGCAGCGCAGUGGGUGCCUUGCGACGAUAAAGUAGAGUUACCACAACAAGUAGAAGAGCGUGGUGCAUCUGGAUCUGUUGGAGAGAGUGCAGGCCCAGGCGUUGAUGACUCUCACUCCUCCGCGGCUUCGUCGUGUACGCACUUUACUACGGUGGAUAGAUUGCUUUCAGACUUUUUCGCAACCCAAGUACGAGAGCAAGAGGAAGCAUUCACGAGAGCAGGCUUUCGUAGAAGGAGAAGGCCAGCCACUGUCGCAAUUCGAAUGAAAGUCUCGGGAACGGACGAUGAUGUUGUGCGCGGUAUGCGGCAGAGUUUGGCAGGCCCAGCCUUUCAUUCCGGAAAUAUUAGAACAGGAAGCGAGCAGCCUGGCGAAUCAUCUUAAGGAUAAGGUUCUCUACGUGCUAUAAGUCAUUGUUUAGAAGAUCGUGAUGAAUUUCGAUGAGGAUCCUAAGUAACAAGUUCGCGAGAAACGCUAACGUCCCGAAAAAAACAGGUUCGAGAAGCAGCUUCUCCCUUCAUCUUCUAAUCUUUUUCAGGACAGAAAUUAUAUCAGGUCCGGUGGCUGCACUUGCAUAUUGUUGCCUGGUGCACGAUUAACAAGCGCAAAGAUUGCGUACGGGAAAUCACGGAGACAUUGGCCGAAUUUGGAUACCGCAUCGUGUACAAGCACAUGAAGCGCGCGCAGUACUAUGCCGCCAAGACAGCAGAUAUUUUGGCCGUCAAAGACGAUGUUGCUUAUGAACAUCAACACGACGAUUAUGCUGAAGAUGAAGAACAUGCCGGGCUUGAUGAGCAUGCCUUACGCGAGGAACUGUAGCCUCUGCUUGUUGACACAUCUGCGCAGCCUUCGAGUCGCUGUCGCUUCACGUCCUAGUCAUGCCACGGCAAGAUUACAGAUGUCUUAGAUGCAAGCACCAAUUAAUAGUAUUCGUGGUAGAAUCUCGUAGUAGUUACUUAUUCCCGGAGACACGGAGAUAGAAGUCCCGCUUGCUUGGCUCUUUGUACUUUUGCUAUAGAACUCUAGCGCUUCACACAACUCUACUUACUUACAACUUCUAGCUACUUACUUUUAUUUACCUGAAAUUUAUCUUCACAGUCAACAGUAUCCUCGACUUGAAAUCUCAAACGUGAUAAUUUGUAAACAUUUCAAGGCGAACGCGAAGAUGAUGCGGCCGGGCACGUCGUGCAGGUUCUUAUAAUAUAUAUUUCUAAUUUCCAUUGGUGCGCAUUGGUAUUCGGACUCCCGUCUUUAGCUCAUCAAAUUCUGAUUGUAUCUAUUUUGUUCUUAAAAAUGAAUUUGACCUCUUCGCGUAUUGUCAUCAUUGAUUUUUAUGCCAAUAAAGUACAUGCUUUUUCGUUCAUUGCCAGGCGACAAGCUUUGGGGACGAGGAAGAUGCCCCUUGAGAGAUAGGCGAAUUAUUUGCAUGGGCUUGAUCCAAUGUAUGAGUUCUUACCUGAGGACGCUACCGGAACACCGAAAGGCACGAACAGAAGUUUGUGGCAGUGAGAUGUGCCAAAUAGAAUUGCUGCGAUGAACACAACAAGCAAGAAGGCUC